AUGUUUAAGCGCCAAAAAAACCAACAUCUCGAAGAGCCAAUAACAAAAAAACCACCAAGUUUCCAUCGUCGUCCACAGCCGUUUCACCUGCAUCAGAUGCUUACUCUGAUGAAAUCGUUCAAGCAUCAAGGCCAAUUUACAAAAAAAAUCACCAAAACUUCAUUAUCUACCGCUAUUUCACCUGUAUCAGAUACUUAUCCUGAUAAACCCGUUCAAACAUUAAGACAACAAACAGCUUACAAACCACCCAGAUUUCAAUCAUCUUCUAUGGCGGUUUCACCUACGUUAACAUAUACAGAUGAUGCUUGUCAUAAUAAAACCGAUUCAAUCAGCAUGAAACCUAUUUCCACUUUUUUAGCUCGAGAUACUGCUAAGAAGUAUAACCCAGAUCAAUUUAACAUCAAGCCAUCUCACGCACGAUUUUUCGUAAUGAAAUCUUAUAACGAGGAUGAUAUUCAUACAUCAAUAAAAGCAUUUCGUGAUAAUUCAGAUAAAGGCCCGAUUUAUUUGUUUUUUAGUGUCGUCGCUAGGUGA